GGGAUGGCUGAUUUGGAGUUCACCAGUUCAAACGUCCACCUCUCUUUUUAGACGAGUUCACGAUGUGUAUAGAUUAGUCUAUACACCUGAAUUUACAUGGUCAUUCGUGCGUGUAACAGAGCAUACCGCUCAACUUUCUUACAUUUACAGCGGGCUCGCCGGCAAACUUUAGCGGGACACAGGUCACAGCAACGUUGCGGUUCUCUCCUCGUUUCCUUUCUUUCCUCCAUUCAUGUCGACCCAUAGAGCCUCUGUUCUUUUUGGCCUUGUUGUCGCGCUGGUCGCCCUAAUUCCUCGUGCUGUAGCGCAGGGUACGAACGCUACAUGUCUUACUGGAUUCGAAUGGAUGGUUAAUUCUCGCUCACAAAGUCCGUGUUUGGUCGCGGCAUACCUCAAUUCUCCAUGUCUUAGUAAUCCAUCCAAUGCAUUUGUUCUGGCGUUGCCGCCAGGGUCCCAUUACGCUCCUCCGCCUCCUGAAAAUUCGACACCAUGUAGGUGUAGUUCGGUCUACUAUUCAAUGUUGCAAGCCUGUGCCCUCUGCCAGGACGACAACAGUGUCCCUUGGUCAACUUGGACCGCGAACUGCCAGAAUGGCACCUUCCCGAGCGUAUACCCGAGGGAUAUCUCACCGGGUACCUCUGUCCCAGCCUGGGCAUACCUUGACGUCGUCCAGUUGGAUAACUUCAACAUCACAGCUGCACAAGCUCUUGCUGCUUCUAAUCCACCCGAAUCAUCAGCGGGAUCGAGCGCAACCUCCACGACACCCACAAGCGCUAGCACUGCAAGACCCUCACCCACAUCUGGUGAUGCGAAUCAGGACUCUAACGCUAGCUCCGGCAGUGGGAAGAAGACAAACGUAGGUGCGAUCGCCGGCGGAGUCAUUGCCGGUGUGGUCGGACUCGCACUCAUCGCUGGUGCUAUUUGGUGGUUCCUCCGCCGAAGGCGGAAUUCCAGGGGCCGUAUGGCCCCAUCGUCGGGUUUCGAUUUCAACGGUAACCCUGUUGGAAUGCAUUACGAUGAGAAGGAGCAGGCUUUGCUCAGCAGCACCACUCCUCAUCUGGGUACAACUCCGUUAUAUGCGCCUCAACCUGUGCCUACACCACCGCCAAUGAGCAAGAUCUACGACCCUAAUGAUCCCUCCACCUUCCCUUCCGCCUCACCGGAGGCUUCUCUGAGUACCACGGCUUACGCUCAGUCUACGGCUCCCUAUGGCUACCCUCACAACGGGGGUUAUCCGCAGGCCCCUGGCCGGUACGGAGGUAUUCCGGAGCUGUAGGAUCGCCCUGUGGUGAAUGAAUAGAUGAUGCUAUGAAAGAAAUACUCGAUAUAUGGACUUAGGACUGGUAUCGCAUGUUCGGUUGAUUUUGGGUUGGCUACAAUACAGCCAUAAUAUGUAUGCUGUUUCUCUUCAGGCAUCGCCUUCUUGCGCAUAUGCAUGAUAAGAUGAACAAGCAGCUUAUUAUAGCCGUCUCGCGGCAUAGAUCGCCCAAAUAACCCUUUCUUCAUGAU